UGAGACUUUGACAGACCAUCCACCGCCACCUGGGGCGCCAAUCAACCACGCGGUCCGAUGACCCGAUUUCCGAUGAUGGCGUCGUUUUCGUUCUCCUUGUCCUUCUUCUUCACGAUGAUGAUGUGGACGCCGCUCUCUUAUGGCUUUGUCAAUCCGCGAACACUUCUUCAGCUGGAGAGCUCGUCGGGAAGCGGCGGCGGAAGGUUAUUGACGAAGGAGGAGCUGUGGUUCGAUCAGACUCUUGACCACUUCUCGCCGUACGACCGCCGCAAAUUCCCGCAGCGCUACUACGAAUUUCUCGAUUACUUUAGACCUUCCGACGGACCAAUUUUCCUCAAAAUUUGCGGAGAAUCCGCAUGCGGCGGCAUCGCCAACGAUUACCUGAGUGUGUUGGCUAAGAAGUUUGGGGCAGCUAUCGUUGCGCCCGAGCAUCGAUACUACGGAAAAAGCUCUCCUUUCAAGACGCAUACAACGCAGAAUUUGAAGUACUUGUCAUCCAAGCAAGCGCUUUUCGAUCUGGCGGCUUUUCGCGAGUUUUAUCAGAAUGGGUUAAAUGUGAAGCUGAAUAGAACCAAGGGUGACAAUCCGUGGUUCGUGAUUGGUAUUUCUUACCCGGGAGCUCUUAGUGCGUGGUUUCGGGUUAAGUUCCCGCAUUUGACAUGUGGAAGUCUUGCAAGUUCUGCAGUUGUUGAAGCUAUUUAUAACUUCACUGAAUUUGACCAGCAGAUUGGUGAGUCUGCAGGUCCAGAAUGUAAAGCUGCACUUCAAGAAACUACUCAUCUUGUUGAACAAAGUCUCACAACUAAUGGAAAAGCAAUAAGGGCGUUGUUUGGUGCAAGCCAGCUUGAUAUUGAUGGCGACUUCAUGUAUUUUCUGGCGGAUGCUGCUGUUAUAGCGUUUCAAUAUGGAAAUCCUGAUAAAUUAUGCUCACCUCUUGUUCAAGCAAAGACUAAUGGAGAGGAUUUGGUGGAAGCGUAUGCCAAAUACAUUAAAGAUUAUUACCUUGGAACUUUUGGCAUUGACGUUGAUACAUAUAACCAGAAACACUUGAAGGACACUGCUGUUACUGAGGGCAGUUCUGAUCGAUUGUGGUGGUUCCAAGUUUGUACUGAAGUUGCAUAUUUUCAGGUGGCUCCUGCAAAUGAUAGCAUCAGGUCUUCAAAAGUUGACACAAAAUACCAUGAAGACCUUUGCAAAAAUGUUUUUGGAGAUGGCAUCUAUCCUGACGUUCUUGCAACAAACUUAUACUAUGGAGGCACAAAAAUUGCAGGUUCAAAAAUAGUUUUUACAAAUGGUUCACAGGACCCCUGGCGUCAUGCAUCUAAACAAACUUCAUCUCCAGAUAUGCCUUCGUACAUCAUCUCUUGCCAUAACUGUGGCCAUGGAACGGAUUUGAGAGGAUGCCCUCAGUCUCCUUUAACCCUUGAAGGCAAUUCCCAGAACUGCAGCAACCCUGAUGCAGUCAACAAAGUAAGGCAACAGAUUGUUGAACACAUCGACUUGUGGCUAUCUGAAUGUCAAGAAGCCGGUAGGAGUUACAUGUAAUAUAUUUUUCUGACGUGGGAACUACUUGUAUAGCCAAUCUUAAUCUGACUUUGUGCCUUCUCGUGAUGUUUGGUUAUGAAUCUAUGACGGAUAUCCCCGUAUGUACACAGAUCGUAUUUGUUGGUAUAUUGUUGUUCCUCUUCUUUCCUUGUGUACAUAUCAGGACAAUCCAUUGAAAAAUAACAAGCGCGUGUGCGCAUUUUAGAACCGCUUUGGUAA